AUGGUGCUGUUGGAAAACGAUGCGUUUCUCACCGAACUCACCAAACUGUACGAGCGCACGCGCGCGAAAGGGUCGGUGUCGUGCGUGAUGAAGAUCACCAAGCCGACGAACAAACCUCGACCGAAAGGCACGAAGCGACCGGAUCCGACGCUGGAGGAGAUACGCGCGCCGGGAAGCGAAUACGGCGUGCUCGUGCGCGCGAGCGAUGGGAAGCGCAAGGUGAGCACGUUCGUGAAACCGGAGAAGGCGAGUAAGUUCUCAAAGAGUUAUCAAACGAUUCAGCUCGCGUACCUCGACGGGUUGAGCGCGGAGACGAAGAAGAAGAAGAAGAAACCGACGGCGAAGGCGAAGAAACCG